AGAUAAAAGUGUGUUUCCGCAGCGUUUUUCUUUUUAUUGUUUUGUGGUUUGUAAUAUUUGCUUCCACGUUGUUGGUGUGACUGCAGCAUUUCUUUGUUGCAUUUGUGUUUUUAUCAGCAUUUAUGUGUUUAUUUUUUUUUUGUCUGCAUCGUUCCUCGUUUGUCCGUAAUGCAGUAUAUUUUUUACAGCGUUUUUGUUUCACAGUUGGUUUGUGUGUUUUUAGUUUGCACGUAUGUUUGUCUUAUUUGCAUCUUUGUUGUUGUUUGAUGCAGCAUAAUUCCUGUGUUUGCAGCGUUCGGCCGUUUGCAGUGCGUUUGCUCCUCUCGGCCACCGUGUUACACUUAAUUGUUCUCCGGUACACUUGCAAAAACUGGCAUUUUAAAAUAAAACCAAAAAUAGUUGUCUGUCAUGACGGAAGGAAGCCAAACAAGCGACUCCUUUUAAAGCUGCAUCACAAAAUGAAAGGGACCUUUGACAUCGGCUACUGGGUAUCAUUAUUGAUUUUUUAUUUAUUUUUUUAUUUGGCGAUUUCCAGUGUGUAGCAUUGCAUUGACAAAGCAUAACUUCGAUCCCAUGUUGAUGUCCUCUGACGAUUAACUCUCAAUUUCCAUUGUGUUGGACCUGCGGAAAGUGGUUAUUCUUUUUAAGACAGCCCUUGGAAGACAACAGAUUUAGAUUCCGUGCAUCAGAUAAACCAGGGGUCAUUAAUUCCCCGGUUUAUUUAGUCUCUCUCUCGUUCAGAUUUUCUCGGGUGAGCUCAGUGCUAUUUAUCCGACUGAGGAUAAAUAGUUAGGUGUCUUUUGCCGCACAGUGUGCUGUGCGAUUUAAACAUGGAAACACUCGGCUUGGUCUCAGUGGCUGUAACACUUUUUUACAUGCUGUUUGGCUCGAGGAUGGUCAGGGUGAGGGAAAUGUACCUUGCGUCUCGACAACCUGUCAACAAUCACCUCCCAAAUUGUGUACUGCUGAAGAAUCUGAAUAAUGGUACAGAGGACAUAACUGUCUUUGGGGAUGGACUCGCUUUUAUCAGCACUGGUUUAAAGUACCCUCGGUUGCCAUCCUCCGAUGAUCCUGGUAAGAUCUUCCUCCUCAAUCUGAAGGAGCCUGACAUGGAACCCGUGGAGAUGCCCAUAUCAGGGAACUUUGACCCGGAGACGUUCAACCCUCAUGGCAUCAGUGUCUACACAGAGCCAACCAAUGGCACAGUCUACUUGUUUGUUGUGAAUCAUCCUCAUUACGGAAACCAAGUUGAGUUGUUUGAAUUUGUUGAGAGGGGAUUCUCCCUGUCGCAUCUGAAGACCUUCAAACAUAAACUUCUUCACAGUGUGAAUGAUAUUGUGGCUUUAGGAGUGGAUCGAUUCUAUGCCACCAAUGAUCAUUAUUUUUCAGAUGUACUGCUGAAAAGUAUUGUGGAGCCUCUUCUGGCACAACCUUUGAGUAACGUUGUGUAUUACAGUACAGAGAUGGUCAAAGUGGUCUCUGAUGGGUAUUACUUUGCAAAUGGCAUCAACGUUUCACCCGACAAAAGACAUAUAUAUGUGGCUGAUAUCCUUGCCCAUAAUGUGCAUGUGUUGGAGCGGAAAGAGGACAAUGCAUUGGCCUUCGUCAAGUCCGUGGCUUUGGGCUCACUCUGUGACAACAUCGAAGUCGACCCAAAAACAGGUGACCUGUGGUUAGGCUGUCACAUCAACCUAGUGAGAAUUUUCCAAUUUGACCCGAAAAAUCCACCUGGAUCAGAGGUCAUCCGCAUUCAAAACAUUCUCUCAGAGGAGCCAGUGGUGACUCAAGUGUAUGCCGAUGACGGUCACGUGAUUAUGGGCUCAUCUGUAGCGACAAUCUAUGGAGGCAAACUGCUCAUUGGAUCCGUGUUUCAUAAGGCUUUAUGUUGUGAUUUAGAUUAGGAAUGGAAAUGUGAUCUCAGAAAAAAAGGAGACUUGGAAAAAUGAAUGAAUAAAGAAAUGGGAAUUUGAACGAUUUAAUUUGAAUUCAAGGGUGCCUGUAAAAAGACAUAUUGAUGGUACUGCAUGUCGAUUAGCCUGAGAUUCAACCACACAGUUUGGAGCGAAUGAAGACAAAACAAAUAAAUGACAGAAAUUGUGAAACACAUUGCAAA